AUGCUCCUCAUGAUGAUCAUCGCGGUGGCCGCCACCAUAUUACCAACCACUGCGGCGAAUCACACUAGGAAACGGCUAGUGGAAGGCCAGCACUUCGAGUGCUGGCGAUAUCUCAACCGCGUGGAAGGAUGUCGUGUGGAUCUCUACAUCGCUUUGAAGCAGAAGCGGUUAGGGCUAGGCGCUGAGUGCUGCAAGAGAAUCAAAGAGCUCGGCGAUGCAUGCUUCAAGGAGGUUUUCAAAUAUGGGCCGUUUAGUCUUUUGUUUGGUGAUGCAGUGAAGGGUUACUGUUCUUGGGUAGAAAGUCCUCCCUCUCCUCCUGUGUAUUUGCCACAAUCUUCAGCUUCAGCUCCCCAGGCCAGGUGA